AUGGUUUUCGGAGGAGUUCUGGGCCUAUUUCUUCUUGCCUUUGGCAUCAUUUUUUCAAUUAUUUGGAUCACGAUACGUUUAUUUUUAAUUUAUCUCAAUUGGUUCUAUGAAAUUCGCAUUAAGUUUGGUUCGAUUAGUAUCGGUGACGUACAAAAUCUUGAAAUCAAUCAUCGACAAUUUCGCCUCCGUGUGCACUACAUAAACUUCCUUUCUCUACCCUCAAUCUUUCUACGUCGCGUGCCGAAUGUUGUGCUCAAUAAUAUUCAUUUAACCAUUCAUCCAAAAACAAAUCAAACUUCCACGAAAUCGAAAUCAACCAAUGAUUGGAAAGGCAAAUUAGCCUUACUCAAAUAUCUUUCAAUUCGCAUCGAACAAUUCCACGUUGAAUAUCAAAAUGCUCAACUGUCUUUUAAACAAAUUCUGUUACAUCCAACGACUGCGUCAAACAUCACAAAUUUUGACAUGCGAAUUCAAUGUGGAGAUGUUCAGUUUUUAUUUAUUGAUCCUCCAUCGACAAAUCUAUUGAAAUCAACAUGGAGUAGUAUCGAAUUACAAACAAAUUUCCAUCAACGUUUAUUGAUUAGUAUAACAAAUUGUUCGAUAGAUUUUAACGAUCAUUUAAUUAGCUAUUUGAAACAACAACAACGGGUAUCACAUUUUCAUUCUGUUGAUUCGAAUUUGAUAUCAGAAACUCAAUCGAUCCAGACUAAUAAUAUAUCCAAUAGUAAAUUCGAUCAAUGGGUCGCAUAUCUUCGUGAUCCAUUCGUCAAUAUCUCUAUCCAACAUUUCGAUAUUCACUACACAACUAUAGAUAAAACUCAACAUCAUCAUUAUCUUGAUACUGCACAUUUUUCAUUUCAUAAUUCCUCGAAAGCGUUAUCCGACACACGACAUGCAUACAUUGCUAAUUUUCGCCUUCAUUCGCCAUCGACACUUCGCAUCAAUGGGCUGUGCCAGACAACAGUACAUCCCAAUAAUGUUGAUAUAGGAUGUCAGUUAAAUGAGCUGAAUAUUCAAUUGCAUGAACAAACCAUUCAACAACUGCAUAAUCUACUAUCGUUUCGCUCAUCCUCAUCAAACAGUUCAUGGAAGUUUAAUCGACAAAUUAAGAUAUCAUUCCAAUUUUUAAAACCGGCUAUUUGUUUAAAACUAUAUGACAUGGAAGAAUAUUUCAUUUGGCAAACGAAUUUUUCAAAAAUCAACUUUUACUUCAAUCAACAAAACCUUGAAAUAAUGUCCAUGAUUGAAGUGAAAAACAUGCUACUAUACACAGCCGAUAGUGUCAUCUCUACCGAUAGUAUCUUCUCCCAAUCAAUUGUAGAUGAUCUCGAUAAAAAACAUCUUUGGAAUUGUUUAAUUUAUCUUCCAACUGCUAAUGUAUCUAUAUCACUGAAUCAAGCAAUACAGAUUCAAUCUGAUAUUGAUGGUUUACGCGUUCAAUCCAACCAAAUAUUAAUUCGUCUAUUGAAACGUUUACAAACAAUGCGGUCGAAUCCAUCGACAAAAUCAUCACGUUUGAUAGAUUUAUCAUUCCAGAUGAAAACAAUCAGCUUGGUUAUCUGUGAUAGUUUACCAGUAUGUUUACAUGUUGUAAUAUCAUCAAUUCGUGUGCAUCGAACACACAUGGAUAUGAAAAAGAUUCUUGCACACUUUCAAAACCAAACAGCAACUAAUAUGCCUCUAGGUUCAUUCAUGCAAGGUCAAACAGUACUCGAUAUUCGUCGUUUAAGUGUUCAACAUCUACAAAAAACUUCAAUGAUAAAAAUCUCUAUUCCAUAUGAUAUCACAAUAUCAUGGUCAACUAAGUUACAUCUAUUCCUCUAUCGUUUUGUUUCAUUAUUAAAAUCGAUUAGCGAGAAAACGAAAACGGUACCGAGUGGUACCACCGAUAAUUCUGAUCCAUUACAAACAACGAAGAGCAACAUCACAUUUGAAAUAGAAACAUGUGCUCAUGUAUACUUACACUUAUCGAGUGAUUGCAGAAUUCAUUUGGAAUUGCAACAAUUUUCCGGUCGGUAUAUGCGUCAGCUUUUGUAUGAUAAUGGUACGCAAAUGGAAUUAAAAUGUUUUCAACUAAUGAUCGACUGUCAACAGCAAUGCAUUUUUCUUGUCAAUAAUAUUUUGUUUACACGUUUGAGCCAAUCGGAAAAUUUAACUACGGAACGUUUGUUGUUAAAGAAAACAAUACCUACACUUGAUAUGAUUCAGAAUCGUGCUAGUCUGAUACAGAUCAAUUCAUUUUCAAUUCGUUUUCCGUUCGAUUCGACGUUCAAUGAAGUGGUGGAAAAGUUGGUCAACAUCCGUAAAUGGUUGAAACGUAUUCAUAAUCAUAAUGGUGACAUGUCAACGAAUUUCCUCAAUGAAAUUCCCCGACACUCAAUAUCAAAUGAUGUCUGGACAGAUCUCUCGAUAAAAGUUAAUGAUUUUGAAUUAGCUAUUACAGAUGAUUUGUUCGAAGUGAAAUUAUUUCAAAAUUAUUGUUUAAUGGCCGAUGAAUAUCAAGAACGUGAAUUACGUGAACAAGUACUCCAACAGCGUAUUGAGGAGUCCGAACGUAAAUCCAACCCAUUGAAUAACACUAACGAAUUAAAGCGUGCUUUGAUGGAAGCUAGUUCAAAAGUUUACAUAGAACGCAGUCAAAGUACCAAUUAUGAUGAAAAUCGUCAACGUAUCAAACGUAAUCUUAUCCGUUGGCAUUUACGACAAGUCGAUCUAACCGCAUUAGCUGACCGAUCAUGGACAGGAAAAGAAAACAUACUGAAUAUCAUACAUCAGAUUGAUUCCGAAAGUACACAGAUUCCUAUUGAGACCAGUGAUCUAUGUACAAUAUGGUGUCGGUAUGUAAUAUUGAGAUGUGAUGAAUGGUCGAUACAUUUCCGAGAUUUCCGACAACCAUUGUGGCAAAUGCAACAAUUUCAUUUAUGGGGACAUAUCUGCGCAGCUGAAGUAACACCCGAUACAUUAGAUUCGAUAAGAACGCCCUCGGUAGAAAUCGGUGAACCUUACCUAUCUACUGGUUUUCGAAUACAACGUCUUCUUUCACCAUUGAAAUUUUAUCAUGAUAUUAAUUCAGAUAUUGAUUCAUUCCUGAUUUCCUACGGACCAGCCUGGGAAAAUACAAUGGCUCAAGUGAAUCUAUGUAUGAACAGCAUCACUCCGCGUACAGUCGACCCUUCUCCAUUGCUUCCUUGGUGGGAUAAAAUUCGUCUUUACCUUCAUGGACGAUGGUCCUUUGCAGCAAACAAAAUGUCUUGGUUGUAUCAUGUUGCUUCAAGUCCUUAUAACGACACAGAGGAGAUGGAAUGGGUCUGGGAUCAAGCAUAUGUCGACUGGACAAAUGGAAAGUUUACUUUUCAAGCAUCAAGUCUUUCGAUCAAAUUACGAACCAGUUCGAAAUACGAUGACUGUUGUCUCCUCUAUCUACCCAAUGUCGAUACAAGAAUUUCGCUCGGUUGGUUAUGCGCCGGUAACUCCAAUGAUCAUCAUGCUGUUCGAUUGUACACACGAGAUGCAGUGAAUUCGUGGAAGAAGAAAAAAUCUCAUGAUUCCUAUGCAUUUUACCGUUCGAAUCAUUUGAAUGCAACAGCUAAAUUCGAAUGUAAAGAUGUUCCAAAAGGUGAAACACCACCUACUUGUACAAUCUAUGCAAGUACACUUCGGUUUUGUGAGCGUGUCAAAAAUACCAUGAUGUCUAUUACUCGGCCAACUCGUCGUGGAAAGUUAUUUUUGCCACCGGGUGAAACUGUCGUUCCUCCACGGAAACCUCUCCUUUCUCGUCAUUAUGAAGCUGUUGAAUUGCAACUAAUUCUUCCACAAUUCCGUGUCAGAUAUUUAACAUCCUUCGCUCGACAAACCGGCGCCCAAGUUGAUUGUCAACUAUUUAAUUUUGUAACGUACCAAGAAUUGAAUUUAAUCGAUCACCAUGAUGGCUUAGCGCGACGUGCGAAAAUUUUAUGGAAACCAAAAAUGAUGAAUGUUAAUUUAAAACGUGCACAGAUGUGGCUACUACGAGACGCGAAUGAAGAUAAAGAAAUGAAUGAACUAGCAACGACACAAGAUGAUAACCCGCAAAAAUGUCAACAAGAACGAACGUCUUUUCUAAGUUUAGAUAGUCUCAUUUAUAUACGAUCGCCAUCGACCAGCAGUAAAAGUAGUACACACAGUGUAUUAAUCGAUGAAUUGAAAGCCGUAUGGAAUUUAACAAAUCGGCGAACACUUUUUCUUAUUUAUGAACGUUAUCGUCGAAACAAUAUCCUCCGAUCGAAUCUUUCGAAUCCAUUUGCCAAAGAACUUGAUCACCUACAGCAAGAAAAAACUCUUGUUACACCAUCUGAUUAUUCACCCGUAGAUGACAAUAGUAAUCUGGCAUCACUGAGCACAGAUGAAACGAUCUCGGAUUCAGGAUCAGCAGCAACAGGCACUACGGCAACAACUUCAAUCACUACCACAACGAAUGGAACGACAUCUCAACCGUCGACGUUAGCCUCAUUCCUCGAUCAACUCAUUAAUGAAAGUCAAUAUCAAGCAAGUGUCGACCUUGAUCCGACUGUUGACGAAUCAGUGUCUUUGGUGGGCCUUCGACAGUGUACGAAAGAUGAUGUUGAAGAACAUACCUUACACAUUGAAUUAGCUGAUAGUCAGAUUGCUUUGCGCGGCAUUGAAUCACGUGGUUAUGUUAUUUUAUCCGCAACUAAUGCGUUAGUUGAUCAGUAUCGUCAUAAACCUGUUUGGCGUGAUCAACAACUAUGUGACAAAACAUCUUGGCAUGUUGAUCUCCAAAGCAUGCAAUAUUAUGCCACGACAGUUUCAUCGUCUUCCUCAUCAUCAAAUCCUUCAACUGAAAACACUAAUACUCUAUCGUCGAUUUUGUUAUCAUCGGACGAUGACAUUAUCUGGAUUCCACGACGUGAUAUUCGCGAUGAAAAUUCACUGUUGGGUGAAUCGUCACGGAGUGUUGUAGGCAGUAUCGCAACCAACGAUGGAUGUGGUGAUCAGCAAUUGCAAUGUAUCGUCUCGAAAUCAAACGCUACUUUAUCCUAUGUAUUCUAUACUGAACAAACACAGCAAGAAGAAGAGACAGACACAAAUAUUGUUAUUCCGCCAUUCACAAAACCAUCAAUUAAUGAGCAAAACCCUAUAGGUGAAAAUGAUCGUUUACUUGUUGAUUCACUGACAUUCAUUCAUAAUGAUAUUCAACUUUCCACGAAUUCAUUACAAUAUCGUACAAUUAUGGAUAUUGUCAAUAAUUUACUGCUUUAUGUUGAUCCAAAGAGAGAAGGUAUAAAUAAUAAACUACGCAAACUUCGCUUAAAAAUUCAACUAGCAAAUAAUCUUCCUGUGCUACAGAAGAAUAUUCGUCAUCUACUUGAACGUGUCAGAUCAACAUUGGCUGAAUUACGAAGACUCGAGCGAGAAAUGUAUUAUUUUAGUCGAACAAACAACAACGUCGUAAAUUCCUAUUCAUCGGACGAUGAAGAUGGUAAUGGCCGAACUCGAGCACUCUCAUUUACUGUUCAAGAGUAUCAACAAUUACAAACAUCGUAUACUUCGGUUAAAGUUGAAUUGAAUGAAUUAGCGGAAAACUUGGGCAUGAUGUGCGCUGUUUACAAAGAUAUGCAAUUGGCACGAUUGGUUAAGCUACGAAUUGCGGCGACAGCUCAUAAGACUGCUCGGCUAGAACGGCGAUACGAAAUUUACGGUGGGUCGAUAACUUGGUUUAUUAAACAUGACGACGGACAAAUUACAAAUGCACAGUUUCUUUUGAGAAACAUUCUGUACACAAAACGUUAUUUUGAAAAUGGAACGAAUGAACAUUCGGUCAAUAUUGGGCAAGCUCAAGUCGAUAAUUUACUACGAGAUGAUCGUUAUCGAACAAUUCUAACAGCAAAUUGCCAACAACAGCAGACUAUGAUCCGUGUUUACUGCAAAGAAGGAGAAUCUGUUGGUGGAAUAGCUGUUAAAGAACAUCUUGAGAUAAAUGUAGCUCCGCUUGUCAUUCAAAUGACACGUCGCUUUUCACAAAUGAUAAUGGCAUUUCUUUUCCCGAACAAGACUCAGCAGAGCUCUGACCUUCAACAACGAGCCAAUAAAUCAUCUUUGAAACGUCCCACAUCAAAUUCCCUCAAACAUCGAAGCAGAUCAUCGGAAGGUGACGAAGAACUGUUGGCUGGCCGAUCGUUGUUCUACUUCAGUAUUCGCGAUCUGGAUGCGAUGGAAAAACGUGCUAAGAAUACUUUAACAUUUCAAUAUAUUAAAAUUCCCGAAGUAUCUUUGAUUGUCUCUUACAAAAUACGAGGUACAAAAGAGAAGAAAAUCGGCGAUCUAGAGAAUGCUCAUAUAUCAUUUCCCACAUUGGAAUAUCGAAAUCUAACAUGCAGUUACCACGAUCUCGUUCUGGCGAUAAAAUCUGAUGUUAAAAAUGUUUUAUUAUCACAAGCGAUUCGACAAAACAUCAAUCUCCGAUUACCAUUCAUUGGCAAGUCAACCCGAGCGCAAAAUCAACAAUUAUUAGCCACAACUACAGUCGGAGCAGACAAUGGACCAGCAAAGAAUCGAGUUGUCUACAAUUCAGAUAGCACGAAUCAGAAUGAAACGUUAAAGAAAAGUGAGCAAGAUGAUGAGGAUCAGACAAACAAGAUGAAACUUGUUCUGGGAACGAAAAUUUCCAAAGAUCUUCUAGCUCAAUUCAAACGUCGCAAAGAUACGUAG